UAAUUUCUGUACAUUUUUUAUUUUGGGUUACAGAGAUCAAGGAAACUUUUACAUUAUUGCAGUUCAUGGUAUCAGGCAGUUUCCAGACAGUUUAGGAAAACAAGAUUAAGCACAAACACACUUAAACUUGAUUCUUGAACUGCAUAUAUUUCAAAACUAAGAAAAUGUUUUUUUCCAAGGAAAUUUGAGAACCUGAAGUUAUUAAGAGUUAUAUCAAAGUUAUUCUUGUGCCGCCAACGUAGCGCCACACAUUUUCGUAACUGCACGGAAAAACAUUCCUUCAGCUUCCUAUAAUUCCACAGAAUCCGCAACGUUCGUUUACUGUCAAACCAAUUAUAUGAAGGAAUCCAGUAUUAUCCCGCGUUGUUUUGUUUUGAAUGUUCAAGUACAGACGCCGACUAGGAGUCAUGAGUCCUCCAGGCCACAGGCGGCGCUUGGACAGAUCUUGCCUCCCCACCCCCUUUCCAAAGCUGAAAACAGCUUCGCUCAAACAUUCGGUUUUCGAUUCUCGAUCCUAGACCAAGCAGAGGUUAUGAUUAGCUCACAGUCUCACUUCCGCACUUCGGAGGAGGAGGAAGAGGAAAAGGGAAAGCAAAGCGAAGAACUUCCAAAGAAGACGCUUCGGGAAGAGGGAAAAAAAAAAAAGGAGUGAGUGAACCUGAAGUGCGCAUGCCCAAUCAGCCUUCGCGCUAACUGCGCAUGCCUCGGCGGUUAUAGCCAUCAGGACAAGGGAAGAAUCCCAAGAGUUCAAAGCUACAGUUGAGACCCUGCCCCUUCUUCUCCAGAGUAACCGUCAUUUUCCUCUCGUGGACGGUUUCUCCUCGGACCUUUUUCAGUCUCAGACCUGUCAGGACGAGAGAUAGGAUGUCCGGUGGUGUCUUGUCCCAGGCCAGUCCCGGCGCUGAGUGAGACAAGGCCAGGCCGGGCGGCGGGUGACCGGGAAAGGGAUGUCGCCUCCGUCCCCCGACGUUGGGUUUUGCCGCUGCCGCCUUUGGCGGCUCCCGUUGUCUCUAUCCUCCUCCGGUGGUUCUGGUCGCUGCCCGCGACCUUCACUCCAAGCCCGGGAGCAACGUCGGGCUCGGCAGUGAUUCCCGUCGUUUCCCCCCCACCCCUUAGGGGGCGGGACGGGGCAGGCAAGAUGCAAGCGGCUCCGCUGCAGUACGAGUUCUUCAGUGAAGAGAAUGCACCCAAGUGGCGGGGUCUGCUUGUGGCCGCCCUGAAAAAGGUUCAGAUGCAAGUCCACCCUAAACUAUCUUCUACAGAAGAUGCUUUGCAGUAUGUUGAGGAGUUAAUUCUGCAGUUACUAAAUAUGCUGUGUCAAGCUCAGCCAAGAAGUUUCUCAGAUGUAGAGGAUCGUGUCCAAAAAAGUUUUCCUCAUCCAAUUGAUAAAUGGGCAAUAGCUGAUGCGCAAUCUGCCAUUGAAAAGAGGAAGCGAAGAAAUCCGUUAUUUCUUCCAGUAGAAAAAAUUCAUCCACUCUUAAAGGAAGUCCUGGGAUAUAAAGUUGACCAUCAAGUAUCUGUUUACAUUGUAGCUGUAUUGGAAUACAUUUCUGCAGAUAUUUUAAAACUGGUUGGAAACUAUGUUCGAAAUAUAAGGCAUGAUGAAAUUACUAAGCAGGACAUCAAAGUGGCAAUGUGUGCUGAUAAGGUGUUGAUGGAUAUGUUCCAUCAAGAUGUAGAGGAUAUUAGUACCCUGACGUUAUCUGAUGAGGAACCUUCCACAUCAGGAGAACAAACCUAUUAUGAUCUUGUAAAGUCAUUCAUGGCAGAAGUUCGACAAUAUAUAAGGGAACUCAAUCUCAUAAUAAAAGUUUUUAGAGAACCUUUUAUUACCAAUCCAAAAUUGUUUUCAGGUCAUGAGCUAGCAUUUGAUCCUUAUGAAUCAUACACUCAGGAUAUUUUACGGACUGGCUUUCAUGAUCAUUUUCUUAGCCAGUUAUCAAAGCCCGGAGCAGCCUUCUAUUUGCAGUCAAUUGGAUAUGGUUUUAAAGAAGCUGUUCAGUAUGUUUUACCUAGGCUACUUCUAGUUCCUGUUUACCAUUGUCUUCACUAUUUUGAACUUUUAAAGCAAUUAGAAGAGAAGAGUGAAGAUGAAGAAGAUAAAGAAUGCUUGAAGCAAGCAAUUACAGCUCUGCUUAAUCUUCAGAGUAGUAUGGAAAGGAUUUGUUCCAAAAGUCUUGCGAAGAGAAGGCUUAGUGAAUCUGCAUGCCGAUUCUACAGUCAACAAAUGAAGGGGAAGCAGCUAGCAAUCAAGAAAAUGAACGAGAUCCAGAAGAAUAUAGAUGGAUGGGAAGGAAAAGACAUUGGACAGUGCUGCAAUGAAUUUAUUAUGGAGGGAACACUCACACGUGUGGGUGCCAAACAUGAAAGACAUAUAUUUCUCUUUGAUGGUUUGAUGAUUUGUUGUAAGUCAAAUCAUGGCCAACCAAGGCUGCCUGGUGCUAGCAAUGCAGAAUAUCGUCUGAAAGAGAAAUUUCUUAUGCGAAAGGUACAAAUCAAUGAUAAAGAUAACACUAACGAGUACAAGCAUGCUUUUGAAAUCAUUUUAAAAGAUGAGAACAGUGUUAUUUUUGCUGCUAAAUCGGCUGAAGAGAAGAACAACUGGAUGGCAGCCUUGAUCUCUUUACAAUACAGAAGUACCCUGGAACGCAUGUUAGAUGUAACAAUGUUGCAAGAAGAGAAAGAGGAGCAGAUGAGAUUUCCAAGUCCUGAGCUAUAUAGAUUUGCAGAACCUGAUUCUACAGAAAAUAUUGUUUUUGAAGAAAACAUGCAGCCCAAAUCUGGAAUCCCAAUUAUUAAGGCAGGAACUGUUGUCAAACUGAUUGAGAGGCUUACAUUCCACAUGUAUGCUGAUCCCAAUUUUGUUCGAACAUUUCUUACCACAUACAGAUCUUUUUGUAAGCCUCAGGAGUUACUGAGUCUCCUGAUAGAAAGAUUUGAAAUUCCAGAACCUGAACCGACAGAAGCAGAUCGUAUAGCUAUGGAGAAUGGAGAUCAACCUCUUAGUGCAGAAUUAAAAAGAUUUAGAAAAGAAUAUAUACAACCUGUACAGCUACGAGUAUUAAAUGUAUGUCGACACUGGGUGGAACAUCAUUUCUAUGAUUUUGAGAGAGAUGUAGAUCUUUUGCAACGAUUGGAAGAAUUCAUUGGCACAGUCAGAGGUAAAGCUAUGAAGAAAUGGGUUGAGUCAAUCACGAAGAUAAUUAAUAGGAAAAAGCAAGCACAAGCCAUUGGGCCAAGUCACAAUAUUACUUUUGAAAGCUCACCACCUCCAAUUGAGUGGCAUAUCAGCAGGCAAGGACAAACUGAAACAUUUGACCUGCUCACUUUGCAUCCAAUUGAAAUUGCCCGACAGCUUACUCUACUUGAAUCAGAACUUUACAGGGCUGUGCAGCCAUCAGAGCUCGUUGGAAGUGUAUGGACAAAGGAAGAUAAAGAAAUUAAUUCUCCUAACCUGCUCAAAAUGAUAAGACAUACCACUAAUCUUACCUUAUGGUUUGAAAAAUGCAUUGUAGAAACAGAAAACCUAGAAGAAAGAGUAAUGGUAGUCUGCCGGAUAAUUGAAAUCUUGCAAGUUUUUCAAGAGCUAAACAAUUUUAAUGGCGUUCUUGAAGUCGUCAGUGCUAUGAAUUCUGCACCUAUUUACAGACUGGAUCACACUUUUGAACAAAUCCCAAGCCGGCAAAAGAAGAUAUUUGAAGAAGCACAUGAACUAAGUGAAGAUCAUCAUAAGAAAUAUUUGGCAAAACUCAGGUCCAUUAAUCCUCCAUGUGUGCCUUUCUUUGGAAUUUAUUUAACAAACAUUUUGAAAACAGAAGAAGGCAAUCCUGAAUUUCUAAGAAGACAUGGAAGAGAACUCAUUAACUUUAGCAAACGGAGGAAAGUAGCUGAGAUAACAGGAGAAAUACAACAGUACCAAAACCAGCCAUAUUGCUUAAAGGUGGAACCUGACAUCAGGAGAUUUUUUGAAAAUUUGAAUCCAAUGGGAAAUAGCAUGGAAAAAGAAUUUGCAGAUUCUCUUUACAACAAGUCCCUAGAAAUAGAACCACGUAAUAUGAAGCCGCCUCCAAGAUUUCCUAAAAAAUACAGCUAUUCCCUCAAAUCUCCGGGUAUUCGUCCAUCAAAUCCAAGACCUGGAACCAUGAGGCACCCAACACCUCUGCAACAAGAACCCAGAAAAAUUAGUUACAGUCGUGUCCCUGAGAGUGAAUCGGAGAAUGCAGCCUCUGCACCAAACUCUCCAAGAACACCCCUCACCCCACCCUUGCCGUCCUCUACUUCCAGCACUACAGAUGUCUGCAGUGUGUUUGAUUCUGAUCCCUCUACACCUUUUCAUUCAAGGUCUGCCUCUGUAUCCUCCAUCAGUUUUCCCAAAAAUUCUGAUGAAAUUGCUGUUCCUCCUCCUAUUCCACCCCGAAGACGUCCAGAAUCUGCCCCUGCUGAAUCGUCUCCGUCAAAGAUUUCUUCUGUACAUCUGGAUAGUCCACCAGCAAUUCCCCCUCGGCAGCCAACAACAAAAAUUUAUUCACCGAGGUAUUCGGUGCCCGACAGGACCUCUGUCUCAGAUGCUCCUGAAAGCCCACCUGUAUUGCCACCACGAGAACCUGUGCGAACUCCUGAUGUUUUCUCUAGUUCGCCUUUGCAUCUCCAGCCACCGCCUUUAGGCAGAAAAAGUGAACUUGGCAACACUUUCUUUCCCAAUAGCCCCUCUCCAUUUACUCCCCCUCCUCCUCAGACCCCUUCUCCCCAUGUUGCACGCAGGCAUUUACCAUCACCUCCUUUGAUACCCCAAGAAAUGGACAUCCCUUCUGUCGCUGGGCCACCUGUUCCUCCACGGCAAAGCACUUCUCAACAUAUCCCAAAGCUUCCUCCAAAAACUUACAAAAGGGAGCCCACCCAUCCUUCAAUGCAUCACGACGGACCCCCUUUGCUGGAGAAUGCCCACUCCACCUGAAUCCUCCUUUGUGCUAGAGCAUGCUUUCUCCGGUGCUACGUCUAUUGCUGGCAAUAGAUGCACCACGUCUUUUGUCAACAAGGAGCUGCGUGGUACUGCUCCUAACACUAAUGACUCUACAUUUGAUAUAUAUAAUGUGGAAAAUAAUAAAUAACAGGUCCCUUUAUUGUGGAAGAAAAAUGCUGUUUGUUAGUAAAGUAUGCAAGGCACUGUUCUAAACUCACUGGACUUCUGAAUGUACCAGAAAUUAGGUUUGCAGAUCUCUUUAGGCCAAUAAGCAUUUCCUGUGCUUUGUGUAUUGUCCAGUGAAGGAUGUGAAGCAUAAUCCUAUAAUCUGUCCACCGUGACAUAAAUUCUUGGAGUAAUAAUAUGCACUUUUUAAAAGAAAAAAUCUCAAAACAGAGAAUCUGUUAGCCUUUUUAAUUUAAUUGUAUCAUUCCCUGCUUUCGAAUCGUACUGGACUGUGAGGUUGAUUUGUAGCGUUGAACCAGGAUAGAGCUAAGGCAUCACAUUAUACUGCAGUCCUGUUUACAAACUCUUACAUUAGUUAAAUACAUGGGUAGCUAGGCUUCACCAAAGAGGUACUUUCCUUCUAUAAAAAUGUGUUGAGGCCAGUUCUAAAGAGAGAUGCAGUAAGUAGAAUGCCUAAUUUGUGCCACCAUAACAAAAGCUGUCUGAGGGACUGCCUGCUCCCAGGAUUCCCUGUCCUGUAAGAUCAGGCACAGUUGGUGUGCUUUGGGUUGUUUCAGUCAAAUAAUGCCAUUUUUCAGGACCCAAGAAGUCUUAUUCAUUACAGCAUCUGCCCUCUGGAGUGAUAUUCUCCAGACUUCUGUGUAGCUCUCACCUUGAUGAUGAUCUGGAAGUUUUUAAAAACAUGGCUGUUCUCCCAGGCCUGGGGUAGGUAGGUUGUGGAAAUCUAUGGUUAUGUUUUCUGUUUAAGGGAGUGUGCUUAUCCAGACACACGGGAUGUUUUUAUAAUUUCUUAUUUUUUAAUGUAAGCUGACCAGAGUCGCUUUGAAAAUGGGCAGGCUCUAAAUUUCUUCAAUACUUUGAAAUGGCACUGCUACUUCACUUAAAUCCGUGUAUACAUGGGUAAAUAUUGACUAGGUCUUCAAUUAAGAUUUACCAGUGAUCAACUUUCCAGUUAGUGCUGCAGCCUCUUUGAUUAUGCCAUGGAAAUGCAAAAAAUGAUCCUCUGGCCAUCUCCCCCCACCCAAUCCCUGGUUAUCACUUUGUUUUAACUAGUGGUAGGUAGACAAAUAAUCAGUAUCAACUUUUGCCUUGUAGUUGCAUAAAUAAAUCAUAUGUAUAUAGUGAAUGUUGCAUAAAUAUAAUUGCAAAUUGUUUUUAAUUUAAAUGAAAUAAAGACAGAUAUUUUGUCUGGCUGACAUAUAUUAAAUUAUUGCAUUGCUAAA